AUGGCUACCCCUAGUGUCCUAGCUUUUGACGCUGAGGGUCGCGCCAUUGAUUUUGAGGUCUGGUUAGACGACCUGCAGCUGUUCUUACAGUGCGACAGGGCUGACGACCUUUCUCUCUUUGACCUCACCUCUGGCGCCUCUCCUGCCCCUGCUGCUGAUGCUGAUCCCGCUGUCCGCUCUAAGUGGGCCACCCGCGAUGCUGCUGCACGUCUUGCUGUGCGUCGCCACCUCCCUACCUCUGAGCGUGCGCACUUCAGUCAGUACAAGAGUGCUCAGACCUUGUACGACGCUGUAGUUGCGCGCUACUCCUCCCCUGCCACUGCUGCACUGAGCCGUCUCAUGCUUCCCUACCUCUUUCCUGACCUCUCUGCCUUUCCCACUGUCGCUGACCUCAUUACGCACCUCCGCACUAGUGACACUCGCUACCGCGCCGCCCUUCCUGCUGAGUUCUGCGCUAAGAACCCCCCCCCCAUGUACAUCGCUCUCUACUACGUAGUCGCACGCCUCCCUGACUCCCUUCGCGUCGUCAGGGACCACUUUCUCGCAGUCUGUCCCACCACUCUCACCGUCGACCUCCUCGAGAAGGCCCUCCUUGCAGCGGAGAAGAGCAUAGUCGCUGUAGGUGCUUCUCGUGGUGACCCUCGCACCCCCAUCUUUGAGGGGUGCUCUCCUUCCCCCUUGCUGCCCUCUGUUGCCUCUGCUGCUGCUGCCGACCUGCUUGGUCUUGAGUCGGUCGGCGCGGCGUCUGCCCCUAGUGGGAGACGUCGCUCCAGCAAGGGCAAGGGGGGCAAGGGCGCGGGUGGAGCUGGAGGGGGCGGUGGCGGUGGCGGCGGUGGCGGCGGAGGGAGUGGGGGUGGCGGCGGGGCUAGUGGCGGGGGUGGUGGUGGUGGUGGCGGCAGCAGCGGCGGAGACGGUGGUGGUGGUGCCAGCGGUGGUGGUGGAGGCAGCGGCGGAGGUGGAGGCGGCGGAGGUGGAGGCAGUGGAGGCGGCAGCGGAGGAGGCAGUAGUGGUGGAGGAGGUGGAGCUGGUCGGGGUGGUACCCAGCAGCGUAGCGGCGGUGGUGGUGGCCAGCGCUCGCACCGGCAGCAGCAGCAGCGCUCGCGGGACAUCCCUUCGCCUCAGCAGCUUCGUGAGUGGUACGCUGGGCGUCAGAGGGGUGGGGGUACUGGUCCCUGCACCUACGUUCUUCGUUCCGGCGACCGCGCGGGUGAGCAGUGUGGGGGUGCCCACGCCACCCAGCGCUGCUUUGGCCGCCUGACGGACGCUUGGCGUCAGCAGUUCCCUGGGGCUAGUGAGAUCCCUCGCUGGGAUGAGCUUCUCAGGGCUGGUGUAGCGAUCUUUGAUCUUGAUUUUGAUGCUAUCCUUACUGCUAUGUAUGUUGUGGAUUAUAGUGAGGAGAAUGAGGGUUACCGGUGUUUUCAGCCCGACCCGGGCAUUGGUACUGCUGCGCUAGGUGCUUGUGAGGCUGCUGCUCUAGGUGCCAGUGCGUCUGCGCUCUCAGGUACUGGUGAGACUGCGCUCUCAGGUACUGAGUCGUCCUCGUCCUCCCUCACUUUCACACUUGACUCCGGAGCUUCUCGCUCCUUCUUUCGAGACCGCACUACCCUUUCGCCGCUCGCCAGGCCGGUUGCGGUCUCCCUUGCUGACCCCUCUGGGGGUCCUGUCCUGUCUCACUUCUCCACUGUCCUCCCGUGUCCGGCUGCCCCUUCGGGCACCCUGUCGGGUCUGUACCUUCCCUCGUUCUCUACGAACUUGGUGAGUGGAGCGGACCUGCAGGAUGGGGGUGUUCACCAGUUCACUCCUGCGCGUCAGAGGGUGACCCACUGCACGGAGGCUCGCACAGGCCGACACCUGGCCACGUUCUCACGUGGCUGCGUCGGGUCAGGUACUUGCUGCUGCGUCCCGGUCAGGUCCUGA